AGAGAGGCGGCGGCCGGCACCGCGACAGGUAGGUCCUGGCCAGGCCCAGCGCGCGCCGCGUUCAGUCGCGUACGUGGUCCGAGUCCGACGUGCUGGACUCGCGUCUCCCACCGACGUGUCGCUCCCGGCCGACUUUUAGUCCGAGAAGGGAUUGCGAGGUCGACUUUCGUUUGGCUUGUCGUGCGCGAGACCAGAGUGCAGCGCCGCGGCACGACCUGCUUGUAUGGAUUAACCCGACGGAUACAGCGACCUCGCGCCGACGGCCACCAUGAAGGAGCACCGAGUGCGGACCCUGAGGGUCACCACCCCGGGCAACAUCGCGAGCCGCGAGCGUGAGGACGCGGGGCAUGCCGUGGACGAGCCGCUGUGGGGCGUGCAACUCCUGCGUCUGCAGCUGCAGCUGGGUCCCGCGUGCCCAGACUUUGCGCACCUGCUGGGACUCGGUGACGCCAAGGAGGCGCCGCCCCGCCUCGCCGAGGACCCUCCCGCCGCGCACCAGGACAAGCCCGGAGGGGUCGCGGCCGACAGGAGGAGGUGCAGCAUCUGCGGCCCAAGCAGCGGUGGAGUGGGACAACACCGACGACGGACACUAUCCUCCCUACAACGCCGCAGCGAGGCAAGGACAGAACCCGGUCCGUCGACGGCAGCCGAGUGUGAGCCGAGCGACGCAGCGUGGCCGUCGUCCUGCGGCUCGGCGUGCACCGCCGCGGGCGCGGGUGGGUGUGCGCAGCCACUGCUGCACCUGCUGUCGGGCGACCUGGAGCGCUGCUGGGAGGACGUGCUGCUGGCGCUGCGCCUGCUCGUCGCCCCAUCGCCCCCCGCGGAGAGCGUGACGGUGAACGGCGUGAGCGUGCAGGCCGGCGGGCUGGUGCUGGUGCGCGCCUGUGGCCUGGCCUGCGGUAGCGAGGACCUCGGCGAGGGCGCAGGCAACGGCUGGCCGCGGCCCUGCUGGCUGGCGGGGCGGGACGCGGCGGGCCAUACCCCUCUACUGCUGGUGGGCCGGCGCCUGCUCGCGGCGGCGCGGUGGGCCGACGCGGCGCAGGUGGCCGCCCUGCUGCUGGCCGCGGGAAGCGACGCCAACGCCGUGAACCGGGAGGGCCGCUCGCUCCUGUCGUACGCGGUGGCCGCCCUGGACGAGGCGGCCGACACGACGCGCCUGCUCCUCAACCACGGCGCCACGGUGUGGGGCGGGCUCGAGCUACCCCCGCCCACCCUGCGGCCGCCCGUCCCCGCCGCCUCGUCGGCCACCCCGCCGGCCCCUGCCCUCCGCGAGGACGCGCCCUGCUCCCCGGUGUUCGCGUGGUUCCUCCGCGCCGUGAUCCGCCGGCGCCGGCUGGACGAGGGCUGCCUGCGCACGCUGGCGCUCGUGUCCCAGGUGAUGGCCGAGCGGCCCCGGCACAUGCACGGCCUGGUGCUGCGCACCAUGUUCAGGCACAGCCGCUGCUACCGCGUGCUCGGCCCCGUCUUCCUGCAGAUCAAGACCGCCAUGGCCCUGCACUGGAGCCGCCCCCAGGACCUGCGCGCCCUGUGCCGGCGCACCAUCAGGCGGGCGGUGGGGCCCAGCAGGCUGCACCACGCCGCGCCCGCUCUAGGGCUGCCCACGGCUCUACAGGAGUACCUUCUGCUCCACACCUGAGUCACCCGAUCAGACUGUUUCGGUAGCCGGUUAUCGGUUUGUGUGUUCACGUGUUUGGAGCUGAUGUAUUUAAUUACUGUGAGUGUUUUAUUCAACCUGCCGUUAUAUUUCUAAAUAUAUGUUAAGGUGUCAAA